CGACGCCAUUUGUCCGCUUUCGGCUCCCGUAGCGGUCUGUGUGGCGCGGCGGUGGCCAUGGCGCAGCGCUCCGGGAGUCGCCCUGUCACCAUCAGCGAUGUGCAGCAGCUGGUGAAGAGGAAGGACGAGAUCGAGGCGCAGAUCAAGGCUUGCUACGAGCUGCUGGACAGUCAAAAGGGCGUGGGGAUGAACGAGCCGCUGGUGGACGCCGAGGGGUUUCCCCGUAACGACAUCGACCUCUACCAAGUGCGAACCGCCCGGCACAACAUCAUCUGUUUGCAGAAUGAUCACAAGGCCCUGAUGAAGCAGGUGGAGGAAGCUCUCCACCAGUUGCAUGCCCGGGAGAAGGAGAAGCACGCCAAGGAUGAGGCAGAGGCCUUGGCUGAGGCAAUGAGGCAGAACCAGAGCAUGCCACAGGCCUUUGCCAAAGUGAACUCAGUGACUCCAGGGUCUCCUGCAAGUAUCUCAGGACUUCAGGUAGAUGAUGAGAUUGUGGAGUUUGGUUCUGUCAAUGUGAACAACUUCCAGAACCUGCAGAACAUAGCCACAGUGGUGCAGCACAGCGAAGGGAGACCUCUGAGCGUGACUGUGAUCCGCGGUGGCAAAAAAGUGCAUGUGGGGCUGACUCCAAAGCGCUGGGCUGGGAAGGGCCUCCUGGGCUGCAAUAUCAUUCCUUUGCAAAGAUGACUACUUUCUGGAAAAUAUUAAAGCUGAAGUUUGUGCUUGUUCCCUGGACUCUGAUCUGCUUUGAAAUCUUGCCUACGUGUUUUUGCUGGAACAGAUGUUUUGGAAGCUCUAGGUGCCAGGCUUGAAGAGUCUGAAGAGGUUCUGACAGAGCAGGGUCUGAGCGUGGCUUGGAAUUGCACUUAUUCAUCAGGAGCAGCUUGCAGAGCCGCAAGAUACAGCUUUAUCUCUUACACCUUGUGUCGGUUUGGAAUGAGGCUGUGAAGAGACACGAAAUUUACUUGACAGAGGUUCUAAAAAGCAUUAAAUGCUCUUACUUGGUGAUAGUGGAACAUUGUUUUUUAUCCCCUGUAAAAUUCCUUGCUGCGCAUAACUGUAAUAGAGGCUGAAAAGUCCUGGAGCACUUUUUGGUGUCUGUAAUAGUUGAUGACAGUCAAGUAGUACACAAGUUCAAGACUUUAUCUUCCCCAGGCUACCACAGCUUUUGAAGUAGUAAACAUGAUGAAAUACUAUUUGAAUGCCUAAUUAUUUUAAGUUAGUGAGGUAAGGAAUAGAGGUUAUAAUUAUGCUUUGAUUUACUUUUAAUUGAUACAGUCCUGAUAAAAGUACUCCUGAUCUGACUUGUAUUAUAUUUGUUUGUCUGUGGUAGCUGGUUUCAGUGUGUACAAACUCUUUGAGGGGAAUUUGGGGCUGCUUAGUUUAAAUUUGUUUCCAGCUGAACUUCAAAAUACAUUCCCAAAGGAAUAAAACUGAGUAAUGUUUCUUUCCAUCAAAA